AUGCCCUACACCACCUUCUGGUACUGUUGCCAUUGCGAUUACGGACCCCACGAGCUUCGAUACGACCAUUGCGUGGAUUGUCACCGAAAACGCUGUGGGAACUGCCGUGUUCAAAAGACUCAAACUGGCACUGAUAAUCAUCAUUCCCACGAUGCGGUGUCUCCCUGCCCGUCCGCUGUUUUGGACAUGGGUCACUCACACUUUGAGCACGGCUUGAAAGACUCAACCUCGAGUCCGAAAGCUGUUCCGGACGAUGUUUUCCGCCCAUCUGCGCGAGGACCACUCGUGAACGAUCUCGCGCAGGCCAAUUUCAUGGAGUUGGUUGCACCGUCUGCACAUGUCUGUUCCACCACUUACCUGUACUUCUGCUGCGAAUGCGGCGACGGUCCCAAAGUUUACGACCAUCAGCAGCGAUGUGUAAUAUGCGAUCAUGUGGCGUGCGAAUAUUGCAAGCCAUUCAAAUAG